AUGAAGCUUUCUCUCGUCCUCAGCGCGCUCGCAUCCAUCGUGGUUCUUGUUACAGCGUACCCUAUGGAAGGAGCCAUUGCGAAACGUUCCGAUGUAGAGAAGCGUAAAGAACUCAACGCUGAGAAUUUCGACUUUCUUGGCUCCAAGAAUGGAGCAGCAUGCUGCGUACUCGAACACGAGGUCAAUUAA